AAUACUUUCUUAAAGAGCUCUGCCACUUGCCUUCUGCAGUCAGAUGUCUGUAUUGUAAUAGAAUGGAACUUGAAUCAGGGAUCCUACACAUACUUCUGCUGUUGUCUUUAUCUUGUCACAACACCAAUGCUGCUCCUAUAUUAAAUAAAACAAUGAAUAUGAGCUACCAACUAGCUGUUGAGUUAAAUCGCUCUGCCCCUGCUUUACUACGUUUAUAUCUUUCUGCUCAAGGCUUUCCUUUCUCUAAUGAUAAUGCCGAUAUGCCUUUGUGCAGAGUUCAGGUGAAGUGCCUACCCAAAGGACAACUGGCCAAUAUGGAGAAAAAUGAAACACUUAGGAGAAUACACACUGGUGUAAAACAGUUUGAUUUGCACUUGAAAAAUGUUGAGGUCCAGCAGAUGUAUAUGAACUCUCUGAAGAAAGAAAUGCACGAUGAGCUUAAAAAUACCCGGACACAGCUAAUAUCACUGCAGUCAAACCUCCAGUUUAUUCUGGACAACAGAGGUUAUCACGUUCCAGAAGAGUUAGAAUGUUCUCCAGAACACAUUAACAUCCCUGAGAAUCUAUUUGACCAAAAGAAACAAGGAUGUACAAUACUGCGAGAGUUUAAACGGUAUAUGAAGCAAGUGUUAAAGAGCUUUCGUCACUUAUUGAGGAAUGCACAUGGGAAAGCAGCUGUCAACCCAUAGAUUGCGUGCAGUACAAUGUUUGGUUUACUCUGCACCUGAGUACAAUGCACCUUCUACAAUUUCCACUCCAGACUUAUAAGGCACUCCUUAUGAAAAUAAAUUGUGGAACUGUAACGUUCAGAUACAAUACGCAAUUGCCUUCUGCAAGUGCAGCAACACACUCAUCUGGGCCAACAUCUUUGCUGAAGUUCAACAUAUGUUGUGUCUUAAAUCAGGUUUGAAGAAGAACAAGUUUUGUCUCACGAAUGUGUUGAAUACAAGUUAUUUGACACAUUUCAAAUUAUAUUUUCAGGGAAAAAGAAACAAAACAUCCAAACCAAUUUUGAAAAGAUUCAAACAAAAUUAAGAAGUGACCUGAACUGAGCUGUCAGUUUCCAAAGAUUGAUUAAUUGCCCUCCAAAUGACUAUUUCUUUUAAAGAUCUGAUCUUCAUAUUGAUGGACCAUGUAGUGUGAUACAGGAGAAUGUUUCUUUUGUUUUGAAAUUGAUGUUUUUUGGUGACUAAAAAUAGGACUGCAAGUUAAUAUAAUUAGAAUAUUUCAGAUAUUGAUAUUGCAGUACAAAUUGAUAUUUUUACCUUUGUCCUACUGAGUGCAAGAUGAAAAGCUUCAACAGCUUUUUCAGCAAUACUCAAGAUGUUGAAUAUAUUAAUUAUAUUUUCUUCCAAAUAAUUCUUUUAUCAACCAAGUUGGAAGUACGAUUUCUAGCUUAUAAAUGCAGGCAUUUCUACCUCUUUACAGAAGCACUGGACUGUUUCUAACUUGUCUUACAUUUCCACCUGCAUUUUAUUAUUUUGUUCAGACCAUGUCCUUCCUCAAGUAUAAUUGGAAGGUCCCCAGUUUCUGGCUCACCUUACUGUUCAAUAGUGAUAUUUAUUAAGUUGUGGUAUUUAUUGAAAUACACUGUUUUCAAUUAAAAAUGGCUGCAGAUUUCAAGACAAAUGUGUGAGAAAACUGAAUACUCAAGUGAUAAAAGCAACAAAUGCUGUAAAUACUCUGUGGAGAGAGACAAAAAAGUUAACAUUUCAGGUUAAUGACCUUUUCACAACUUAAGUGAUGAUCAAAGAAAUCAUUUGUUCUGAGAAAUAGUCAGCCAACAACCUAGGUUAUUGUUUUCUUGUCAUUAUUUAUUUAAUUAUUAUUAAAUAUUUAGGGUAUGAAUUUAUUAACAUUUUGUAC